AUGGUAACUGUAGGUGCAGGAGCAUUGGUGGUGGUAGUAGGAGAAGCUAGAGUAUCAGCCAACUGUGGGCUUUACCUCUCAGAAAACAUCCUAGAUGGCAUUAUUCCACCAAACCUAGAAAAAUGCAUAAAGCUUCAAAUCUUGUCAUUGGCUAAUAAUGAGUUCACUGGAACUGUACCGAAAGAGUUAGGCAACAUAACAGCUCUUACAGGAUUAGCUCUUGGAGGACAACACUUGGAAGGAGAGAUCCCUCAAGAACUUGGUGCUCUUCGUUACCUGACUUCAUUAUACCUGCAAGAGAACCAGCUUACUGGCUCUAUCCCACCAUCAAUCUUUAACAUUACGACAAUGCAAAAGAUUAUUCUUACCAGCAACAAUCUUACUGGUAAACUUCCAACAACUAUAUGUGACCAUCUUCCAGACUUGGAAGUGCUUGCCAUCUCAAACAACUACCUAGAUGGCGUUAUUCUACCAAACUUAGAAAAAUGCAGAAAGCUUGAUAUCUUGAUAUUGUCUAAAAAUAAGUUCAUUGGAACUGUACCAAGAGAGUUAGCCAACUUGAGAGAUCUUACAGAAUUAUAUCUUGGAGUACAGCAAUUGGGAGGAGAGAUACCUGUGGAGUUAGGUAAUCUUAAGAAACUACAAACACUAUCAUUAUACCAGAAUGAGUUUACUUGUUCUAUCCCUGCAAGCAUUUUCAACAUGUCAGCACUGCAGAACCUAGCACUUGAACAAAACAGGCUUUCAGGACAGGGUUGUAAACUGAUGGGCAUCAUUCCUGAAGAAAUUGGUAAUCUUACUGGACUGACAAGGAUGAGUCUGCAAAACAAUGAGUUGGCUGGACAUAUUCCAAAAACUGUCCAAGACAUGUUGAAACUUCAAGAACUUUACCUAUAUGGAAACAAGAUAGAAGGAACCAUACCAAAUGUUAUCUGCAAUUUAAAGAGUCUUGGUGCAUUAGAUUUGUCAGGAAAUUAUUUUUCUGGUUCAGUGCCAGCGUGCUUAGGGAACGUUACCAGUUUGAGGAAUUGUAUACGGUCGAAAUAG